ACACGUACGCUCACACACACACAAGCACACACACACAAACACACACAAGCACACACACACUGGUGUAGGAGGAAGAGGUGGCUGCGAAGCUGAAGGGCUCCUGGGACUCAGAUCCUGUAUGACAUGACAGGGAAUUAGAGAAGCGAGGACCAUUACACACCGCCUCAGAGGAAAAUACUCCGGAUCACUUCAGAUGGAUUAUAAUCUGAACGACGGACAGACGAGGAAGAAUAUCUCUCUAACAAGGACUUUUUGUAGUGUUUGAGAGCCUCAGUGUUUUGUAAACCGGGGAUUGGACACAUUAAUCCGGGGGGACUGCUGACCACACACUCACCAUGAUCAGCUCGGAGGGCCUGAGGCCGGCCACGUCCGGCAGAAAGCCCCUGGGCAAGCUCGCCACCCGGCUGGAGGAGGUGAAGAACCCGUGGCGGCAGGGCUCCACGCUGGAGCUGAGUCACAACGAGGCGGCCCGCCUCGCAACGGACGCGCUGCUGGAGCACGGGGAGAAGGAGUACCGCAAAGUGCUGGCCGAGGAGCGGGAGCUCAACUUUCUAUCCCCGCUGGAGAUCCGGUACAUCACCAAGAAUGCAGCCAAAGCGUUCGGACCUGAGAGCAACGGAGUCGGUCCCAACGAUCCGGACUUUGGGGACGGGGACGCCGUUUCCGAGCUCACCUCCGGGACAUACUUCCCCAUGAUGUCCGACGAGGAGCCGCCGAUGCUGGAGCUCGGCUGGCCGGAUUCCCCGACCAGAUAUGGACCGUCAGAGACGCAGAUCUAUUUCCAGAGGGACAAGUCCCAUAACGUUAAAGACCUGAUCAGGUCCCUGAUCAACAAAGCCAAAAAGGUGAUAGCGGUGGUGAUGGACGUGUUUACAGACGUGGACCUGCUGUGUGAUCUGAUGGAGGCAGCCAACAAGCGCAGAGUGCCAGUCUACAUCCUGCUCGACGGGAAGAACCUGGACUACUUCACAGACAUGUGCUUAGCUCUGGACAUUCAGAACUCACACCUGAGUAACAUUCGUAUUCGCAGCGUGAAUGGAGACACGUACUGCACCAAGAGUGGCAAGAAAUUCACCGGUCAGGUCCUGGAGAAGUUCAUGAUCAUCGACUGUGAAGAGGUCAUCGCCGGGUCCUACAGUUUUACCUGGCUGUCGUCUCAGGUGCACAGCAACAUGGUGAUGCAUUUCUCAGGACGCAUUGCCGACAGCUUUGACCGGGAGUUCCGCUGUCUGUACGCCGACUCUCAAAUCAUCGACUGCUUCUUCAACGCAGAGGAGGAGGGGAUGCCUUAUUACCCGUCAUACCAAGCCAUGAUGGCCCCCGGUACAGGCAUGGGGAUGGGCCCCGUCAUGGGGCUGGAUUUACUCUCUGAUAGGCAGAGGGACAGAGGGUGCUCAGAAAACUCCAGCAGCCAAUCGAGCAAUAGCGUGUCGAGUGUAAAAGCUGCGCCCGGGAUGGCAUCGAACCCGGUUUACAAGGUCACCCAGAGUCACGACAAGAAGGAGCCUAACAACAACCCACACCUCAGCCCUGAGAGGAGAGGAGGGAGCGGAGACCGAGGAGGGCAGACCCCCACACCUCAGAGUCACAUCAGCUCAGGAUCACGAGGUUCUGCUAAUGGAGUAACCAAUCACAGCACUGCGUUGGAUCGACCCCCGCCCCCCUACGGUCAUCAAAUGGGCCUGGAGUGGAACAAGCCCAACCCUUCAGAUGUCAUGCGCUCAAAUAUCGGUGGCACCUCCUCCAAGUUCCAGGCAAUGGGCUUGUAUGAUCACAAACCUGGCAUGUUCCACAACCCAGGGUAUGUCCCUGGAGCCCCCACCUCAAACAUGAACCCCAAACCCCAAACCCCCUCCCAGCUCAAUGACAGUAAACUCAACCCCAAACAGAGGCCCCCCCCAAACCAGUUCCUCAACAAACUCUCAGACUUCUUCCUGCCCACCCCCAACAAAGACGCCCAUAACUUCAGAAGGUCACCAUCCCCUCACGGCACUACUUGGGCGGGCCCGGAGCUCUCUCAGGCAGAGCCGGAGAGCCAGCAGAGCCCCCCACCCCCACCCUCACCGGUCACAUUAAUGAACCGACAGGACCAGAAAAGAAUGACACUGGGACACAGCAAGCUGGACCUGGUGAACCAAUACAACAAGAUGAAGACCAAGCAGGUGUACAGCCGCUUUGAGCUCAAGACCCCCAACUGAGCUUGAACCUUCCUCCCCCCAUUGUGUCUUACGUUGUUAGAGUCAAUGAAACGUCUCCAUGGAAAGAGAGUUUGAUAAAAAGGUCUGUUCUUCCUCUUCUUCUUGGGGGAAAAUCAGGUGAUUGCAGCCACGUUGGCUCAGAGGCUCCUUGAGAAGAGUGUCCUCUGUUACUCAUGAAACUUUUCUACUUCAUCAUGUUGGAGGGUUUACACCUGCAGCAGGACUGUGACGCUUUGUGAAGUUUACAUGAAACAACUGAACUUUCUUAAAUUACUGAAACUGAUCUUUGAGAAUCACCCAUUUUUGAACUCAACAAAAAUGAAAUAACAUGGUUUGAUCUCUGAUUCUGAAUCAGGUGAACCACACAUAAAGGGCUAGAUUAUGCAGAUUGUUUGUUGAACCAUAGCUCUGUGUCCAAAAAAAGAAAAACAAAUUUUUACUUUCCUGCAAAGUCUUGAGGAAGGGUCUAGGCUGCAAAAUGAGCUUGUUUGAUCUAGGUUUUCUGAAAUUAUAAACAUUUUUCUACUGUGACUUUUGUGAACUUCCAACCUUAACAUCAGACCAUGGACUGUUUAAAACAUGGACAAAGUCUCAGAGGCGUCACUCACUGGUUUCCGAAGAGCUCAAAGACGGCGCUCGCCAUAUUCCAAAUGCAGAAUCCUAAUAUCUUUCGUUGGAGGUGGAGUUUGGGACAUAGCCUUGCCGCCUGGCAAACAGCUAGUCUGCCAAAUCAGCCCCUAAUUCUAUCUGAUAAUUCAUAACUGUUAGCCUCAAUAUAGUAAGAAUGGCCCUCAUACUGUUUUCAGGAAUAAAGAAAUAAGCUUGUGAGACCAAAACAGUUUUUUGUACCAAGCUGAAAACAUGUUUAAUUCUGCUGUGAAAAUGGGCGUUUUCAUGUGUGAGCUAACAAGCAGGUUAUAUUUGGCUUUUGGAGCCAGCCCAUUGACUGUAUAUAAAAUUGAAAACCUUAAUUUCCACCCAUUGUGCGGAGUGAAGCCAAAAGAGCCUCCACAGGUGCUGACAUUUUGUGCUGGUGUAGCCAAGGCAUGCACACAAGCUUCCUGGCUAGUGUAGCCAUGGUACUGACUCCCUCGGAUGGGUGCAUGCCAAAUCAGGAUAGAUUCCUGUGUUGAUCUGAGGCAAACACUUAGGCUACAGAAAGUUAAGAGACUCCUGUGUUAGUGUUCAUUAUGCUUUCUCUCUCCGUUCUUCCUCUACCCCUCUAAUCCGGUACAGAACGCUGCAUUUAUCGACAGAGCUGUCAAUCAAUCACCUGUAUAAGAUCAAAUAACUAAUUGAAACCAAACUUCUCAGAAGAACAAACACUUGAUGAUAAGAUCUAACUAUAAUGCCUGAACCAUGUUUGAGAAACAUUUAUUUGGCUUAUAUAUCAAUUUUAUAGUUUGGCCCAUGUUCCAUCUGUUCGAAUGGAGGUGGUAGGGUUAUGACCUAUACUACAGCCAGCCACCAGGGGGAGCACUGAGUCUUUUGGCUUCACAGUCAUGGCGUCCAUCUUUAUAUGCAGUCUCUGAGCCAGCCUCAAGUGGACACUGGAGGGACUGCACUUCUGUGUUGGCUCCGGUUUUUAACACCAAAGGCUUCAGCUUGAAUUAAACGUGUAUUUUUACAACUCUAAGCCAAAGUUCAAAAGACUCAUAAAGUCAAGUCUACUGAUGAGUACAAGCAUAGAUGUGGCUGUUAGUGGUUUAACAGUAGUCUUAUGUGACCUUGUUUGGAAAGAGCUUGAAUGAAACGUGUAUAGACGAGCUGCACUCUAGUUUCAAAGGUUAGCUUGUGUAGUGACAUACACUGAUAUUACACCUACAUGAUUAUCAGAGGCAAUGUUAUGAGAAGGUAAAGGUCUUUUGUGAUGCAGGAAGUCUUUUACAGCUUGUAAAGUAAUCCAUAACUUUAAACAUGAAUGCAUCUUUGGUUAUUACGACUGAGCGAGUAAAAAACUAAAGGUAAACCAAAUCCAAAAGGUUGAAUGAAUUUUAUUGAGACUUUAUUCUAAUCAGUUUGAUUUCUGAUUUUUACUUUGUUGUGUUAAAAAUCUGUCACAGGGACUAAAUGCAGCCCAGGACGUGAAGAAAAUAUUUGCACCUGUUUCUGUCUUUUCACUUUAUCAGUUAUUUUGUAACACUCCUGUAUCAUAGUGUAUAUAACAUGUGCCUUGAACAUCCUGCCUUAAGGUUUACAUUCACAUUUUAAACAAACAUAAUAUCUCCAAUGACAUCAGGUGAGUGCUAACUAAGGUGCCUGUUUGAAACCUGCUGUAACUGCAGGGAACACAGCUCCGUCUAGAUAACAGCUGAAACAGUGUGAUGACUUCCUUGAUGCUGAACUACACGCUAAUGAAACAACACUUAAGAGCUUCAGGGUGUACACACACUUCAGAUGUGUUCCUUUAUUACAUUAGAGGUUGUUCAAUACAGAGGAGUGCUGCUUCCUCAUAUUGUAGAUUUUUUAAAUAUGAUGUCUUUUUUUGAAUAUGUACAUUUGUACAGAACAUUAAAACAAAUUAGACACAGUUAAAACGGAUUGUUUUACUUACCUGAUAUGAUUUAUGUUGAAUACGUGCUUUUAUGUGCUGCAGUUUUGAACAGCACCACAGGGCUCUCCAAACAAGACCAGGAAAACAGAUCACAGAAGCAAUAAGGAUUGACAUUGUGAUCAGUUAUUUGAUAAAUGUGUUUAUCUGUGUUUUGUUGACUGCUCGUUUCUUGUUUGUACGUUUUUUUUUUGUUCUUGAUGUUAUUUUGUAAACAGCAAUCAGCUGGACAAUGUGCAGGUGUUGACUGAUCAUGCCUCACGUUUGUCUGCGUGGUGUACAUUAUUUUGUACAUAAAACAUGAACUGUCAGGAAUUUGGGUUUUAUUUUUUUUAUUUUUACUGAGUUUUACUGGAGAAUGUGAACUUUCUGUUAAAGUAGGUCCUGAUUUGUAAAAAAGGAUUUAUUAAAAAAAUGUAAAAGUUAAAAA